GCUACAGCGCGCCGCCGGAGCCUGGCUACAGCGGCCCGGCCACCACCGACGCCGACCCGUGGCUCCUGCCGGCGCCCGAUAUGCCCAAGAUCCGCAACAUCGAGGUGCAGUGCGAGAAGGCCAGCAUGCGCGUCAGUGUCGACUUCGACCGGCCGUUCUACGGCAUGAUCUUCAGCAAGGGCCACUACUCGGACGGUAACUGCGUGCACAUGCAGCCCGGCUCGGGCUCGCUCAACGCCCAGUUCGAGAUCUACCUCAACUCGUGCGGCAUGGCCGCCUCAGAGACGGGCAGCUACGGCCAGCCGAACCCGGCCGGCAGCUUCGUGGAGAACACCAUCAUCAUCCAGUACGACCCGCUGGUGCAGGAGGUGUGGGACCAGGCGCGCAAGCUCCGCUGCACCUGGUACGACUACUACGAGAAGAAGGUGACGUUCAAGCCGUUCCAGGUGGACAUGCUGAACGCCGUCACGGCCAACUUCCUCGGCGAUAACCUGCAGUGCUGGAUGCAGAUCCAGGUCGGCAAGGGCCCGUGGGCUUCGGAAGUGUCCGGCAUCGUCAAGAUCGGCCAGACUAUGACCAUGGUGCUGGCCAUCAAGGACGACGAGAACAAGUUCGACAUGCUGGUCCGCAACUGCGUGGCACAUGACGGUCGGCGCGCGCCCAUUCAGCUGGUCGACGGCAACGGCUGCGUGGCGCGACCCAAGGUCAUGUCCAAGUUCCAGAAGAUCAAGAACUUCGGCUCGUCGGCGUCGGUUGUCUCCUACGCCUACUUCCAGGCGUUCAAGUUCCCCGACUCGAUGAACGUGCACUUCCAGUGCGUGAUCCAGGUGUGCCGCUACCAGUGCCCGGAGCCGGCGUGCGGCGGCCCCGGUCCGCAGAACUACGACGUCAACCCGCGCGUGCCAGCCGGUGACUACCAGGGCGCCGGCAGCGAGAAGGAGCCCGUCGUCGUCGACGCGCAGAACGACGGCGUCGACACCAACCGGCUGGGCGGCGGCGGCGCCGCGGCGCUGCAGCAGGGCGCGCAGAACCGCGACGGGCAGGCGGUAGGCGGCCAGCGGCGGCCGCCAGCCGGCGGUCGGCCCAGUGGACCCAUCCCGCAGCCGGUGUCGUUCCCGCUCGCGCCCGGCUCACUGCGCCUGCCGCGGCCGCCGCGGCCCAGCUCCGGCUACAGCGGCGUCAACCGGGCGGGAGUGGCGCUGGCCGAGGGCCAGUACGCCAUCUCGGGCCAGCCGCGCGCCAUUAACGAGCAGGAGCUGGACCGGAUGGGUGAGGAGGCGGCCGCCAAGGCGGAGGCGGAGGCGGAGCGGGCCGGCGCGCGACGCCGCCGGCACGCGCCCAGCCAUGUCUACAAGCGCGAGGCGCAGGAGAUGACCGACGUCGAGACGGAACGCAUCAUCCAGGUGGUGGCGCCUGGGGACGUCGCCUUCAACCUCAACGCCAACAAGGAGACGGUGGUGGUGUCCGAGUCGUUGGACGCCCGCGAGAGGCGCCACAACAUCUGCAUGUCGGUGCCUGGCUUCGUGGCCGGUCUCAUCAUGCUGCUGCUGGUGCUGGUCAUCGCCUGCAUCGUCUCCAUCUUCCUCUUCUCGCGGGUACGCUCUUUCAGCGGCAAGACGUCGUCGUUCGCGGCCGGCAUCGACAACCCCGAGUUCGUGAAGUGUCCCAACUGAGUGGCCGGCCGCGGUCGGGGACCGGGCCGCCGCCACGGACAGUCGUCAGUUCUGCGGACGGUGGCCGACCAGGCUGGCACGUGAUAGUGGCGAACGCGCCGCGCGAACGCUCGCACGACGACGGUGGCGAGCGCGGAGGCUGGUAAUCUCAACCGCGCGGGAUACUCGCCGUCUUUCUCAGUGAGCGCAGACACUCGCCGCCGGCGGGCUCGGCUCGCCCGCGGCCGAGGACGAGUCGUUUUAACCAGGAGUGUGUGCCGCGACAUCGGUUUGUUAUCUGACUAGGCGCGCGGCGCCCCGCCUGCUGUUCGUUUCCUUAUUUAUUACACACCUACGUACUUAUUUAUUCCGCUUUGAGCAUGGCUGACUUGUCGGUUGAGAGAGCCUGGACGUCUCUUACUAUGUGUGCGAAAAAGCGUCGCUGAAAUGCGACGCGGCUUCGUCUUGAAGGCAUCAGCGUGAGCUAAUCUGAGAAUUGUUACAUGGCUCGUUCGGUGUUGACGCCACCACCAACAGCAGGGACGUCCAUUGACUGUUGUGAACAACCGUUCAGAUGUACUGAACGUGACAAGCGACAGCAGAUGUUGAUUAAGCAUCGUGUUUGGAGCCAGUGCAAAAGUAGACCAGGAAUCCCAUGCACGCAAAUUACUAGUACACGGAUUCCCAGCAUAGCGCUGGGGUGAUCAAAAAACCUUAGCACAUGCGUGCUUGCGUGUCUUAACUUAAGUGCUUGAUAUGUGUCCGUAAAUGUGCGUGUGAUGUCGGCUGUCGCACUGACCGAUACGAGCAAGGGUAUUCACUGUGGCUGGGCUGAAUGCCACCGGGUGUGUGACGUUGCACAUGAUCGUUAGGUCCUCAAAUGGGCUAGACGUGUUUACGAGCGACCCACUGCUGUUGGCACCGUGUCAAACGAUGUGCUCAGCGAUAGACCACGAAGAGGUCCGUUGCUGGGUGCUGGAUGAGUGUGAAGUAUGUCAGUGAGCCAAUAUAAAACACAUACUCACCGCA